GAUACAUGCAUCAUUUUAGGGUUGAAAUGUUUAAUAGAAAUAAAUGUGUAAGGUGUCUAUGUGAAUUUCGCAGACAACUCUUAGAUAACCUAAUGAUCAACAAUCUCUUUCAACCCAUUUUGGCUUUUCCUCCAGUCGAGUAUACUACUGCAACAGCAACAUGACUUCUACCAAGGGGGUAAUUUUCACAUUAUAUCUAGUACUUUUUUGAGCAAAUUUCCUUUUCUCAUUGGCCUUAUAUCUCCUCUAUCAAAAUAAUUGGUAAAAAAAAACAAAACGUGUGGUAUGUCAUGAUACUGCUGGUAGAAGUUUAGCAGUAUGCUCAUUUAUAUUCCACCCCUGCAGCUUGGAGAUACAAGUGCUACUGAAAUAAUAAUAACAGCCUCUGGAGAAAGAAGUAUUUGAAUAUUGAGCAAUCAACACUUUUUGUGGUUUAUAAUAAUAAAAUGAAUAAUAAUAGGCAGAAGUAGACUGACAGUAAAGGAAACUCAACAGCACUUACUUAGCCAUUCUGGCAGAAUCACACGCACGCGCGCUCACUAAGCUUCCCCUCUUUUUAUAUAAAUGAUGCAUCCCUUACUUCCUAGUCAGAAGCAUCAACCACAAGCUCCCACUUCCCCUUUCACAUUUUUUUCAUUUUGCUUUUAUUCAUCUUUCUCAGUUGGUUAAACUCUGUUUUGUUACUCUCAUUUUAUUUGUUAAUCCAGAGAAAAGAAAAAUGUAUUCAUGGGAAAAGCCGAUAAUACGACCUCAGCAAAGGCGGAAGACACCAUCGUUUUCUUCCUCUCUGUUGGAAGCCAUUUACCAUUCGAUCGAUGAAUCCAAAGAAGAAGACGAAGAAAAACGUCAAGAAGAGAAGCAUGUUCCGAAUAAAAGGAACAACGAUGAAGAAGAAAUUGUGAGCCUUCGACGUGCAAUCUUGAUUGAGAAAUGGAUGGAAAGUUACAAGUAUACUCAAAGCUCAGGACACUUCAGUUCAGAUUCAAGCUCAUCAACAGACUCAAGCAUGUUUUCUUCCUCAGAAACUGAUCAGUCAGCUUCAAAAUCAUCACUUCUUCACACAUUGCCAAAACCAACAAGACAAGUUCUAGGAAGGUCACAGAAGGUUGUUACAUUCUCUGCAGAGACAACUCCAAAAUGUGAAGGAGGAAGAUUCAUGAGAACAAAAUCUAGAGCCUUGAAGAUUUAUGGUGACUUGAAAAAGGUCAAACAACCUAUUUCACCAGGUGGGAAAAUCGCAAACUUCUUGAAUUCGAUAUUCAAUUCGAGGAACAUGAAGAAAAAUAAUCACGAAGGUCUGGAAGAUUGGAGUUCAGUGAGGAAAUCAAGAUCAGUGAAUGACUCAACUACUGUGACAUGUUCUUUGGCUACAAGAUCUUCUUGCUUGAACAAAACCCCUUCUUUGAGAGGCAAUAAAUUGAAAAGGUCAGUGAGAUUUUGCCCUGUAAGUGUAAUUGUUGAUGAAGAUUGUCAACCAUGUGGUCACAAGAGCAUAUACAAGAAUGAAGAUUUUCAACCAUGUGGUCACAAGAGCAUAUACAAGAAUGAAGAUUGUCAACCAUGUGGUCACAAGAGCAUAUACAAGAAUGAAGAACCAAGAAUUCCAAAAGCGGGGUGGAGCUUCAGAAAAUUGGAGGGGAAGCAUAUGAACAAGCAGCAAUACAGAGGAUUUUACCAAAGGGAAGAUGAAGAAGAGGAAGAAGAAGAUGAUGGUAGGAGUUGUGCAAGUUCUGAUCUUUUUGAACUUGAGAACAUAGGCAUGAUUGGUCAUGUUCAUGCAAUUAGAGAUGGCUUGCCUGUGUAUGGAACCACUAGUUUUAAAAUGAAUCAAGCCAUUGCUCGGGGUUUAGUUAUGUGAUCAUGCAUGUAACAUUUCAUUAGAUCAUCAAUGUAAAACGCUUAAAAUUUUGAGUGGUUAAUUUGUUUUCUUGUGCUAGGUUUUUCUCCAUCUUUGUGUCAUAU